AAACGAUAGGCUGUGGUCUAUCUUGGUUUAGUUAUACAAUAUAUUUGAUGCUAGUGCUGCUCGGUUCAGUUGGAGGUUGCAACAUGUUGAAAAUAAUAACGUGACUUGUAAAAAAAAAAAACGCUUAAUGAUGUCCUGGUUCUUCCAUGUCAAUCAAGGCUCAAACCAGCAGCCCCCUGUCAUGAUGCCCCCAGCUGCUGGUGCCCUGUCUAGCAACACACACUAUCCGACAAUCAGUAGCAACACACUGGAUACAGCUAACACUGCUGGGCAGGGUUGGCUCUGCACACAGUCCAGUUCGUCUUCACCCAGCCUGGCAGACUUUCCGUCAGUACCACAGGGUUUAGUGCCUCCCAGCUUGGAGAACCUAUCUUGUACCUCUCUGAAGUCAGCGGCAGGCAGAGAGCCCCUACCACUCUCCUACGUAACUCUUCAGGAGCAGCGUUGUGUAUUGAGCUGGUUCUUGAGCUGGAGCACUACCCAGAGGGAAAGGUUUCUGCAGGACCUGUUGGGGAAAGCUGUGCCAGGGAAAGUGUGUACCCUCCUCGAGUCGCUCAAUACGCUACAGGUUAAGGACAGCCCACCAAAUAUUUUUGAGUGCCAACUGCGCCUCUGGACCCAAUGGUUUGAGUCAUGGAAUGAGGAGGAGAGGAACAGUUUCCUGCACAUUCUAGAAGAGAGAGACCCAAUCUUUGUUGCCCACUUUUACAGAGGUGUAGCUGGGACAGCAGGCAGAGAUUGAGGGAUACAGGAGAAGAGGGUGUAGAAUGGAUAGGCAAUGCGUGGGUGGAAGACAGAAACAAGUUAGGUUGGAGUGGUACAUAGGGAAGCAUAUGUGUGGAGACAGUGAAGAACAGGCCAGUGGUUAAGAGCAUUGGGCCAGUAACUGACAGGUUGCUGGUUCGAAUCCCUGAGCCAACUAGGUUAAAAAUGUUGAUGUGCCCUUGAGCAAGGCACUUAACCCUAAUUGCUCAUGUAAGUCAUUCUGGAUAAGAGUGUCUGCUAAAUUACUAAAAUAUAUGUACAAUUGUUUUCUGGCUAGGGCUGAGAUGAAUCUAGUAACAUGAGGAAGCCCUUAUAGUAUUGAUACAUUCUGUUGACCACAUACUUGAGGGUAUUACAGAAGAUGGACUGAAUAAGGUGAACAUAUUUAUUUAAUUCUCUACCAAACGAAUGGAUAGCUGUAAUAUCCUUAUUGAUCAACCUUUUUCCUCUUCUCUCAGUGCAGUUACACCAUGGCUGUGUUCAGGUAAAAUGGAGUGAGUGUAGACUAGAGGUAGAUAAAGUGAGAGGCCAGGUCCAAUUCUGUUACCAGUGGGAAUGCUUCUACUUCUGUAAUGAUCUUGAACAGUUUUUCUACAAUGCCAGAAAUAAAAUGCCAUUUCAUA